CUCUGGGGUCCUCCGCGCCUCGCCCACCUCUCUCGUGCAGGCUCUCCUCCGGGCCGGAGCUUCGGGCCGCAAGGGUGCGUCGGGCCUGCGCUGUCCCCGCCGCGGCCCUCCCCGCCCCGCCGCCCUUCCCGGCCGCGCGGCCGCCCGAGCCCCCUCCCUUGCCGCGCGCUGCGCGCUCCGCCAGGGCCGCCGCCGCCGCCGCGUGCUCCUGCUGUCUCUUCGCUCCAGCCCAGCGAGCCAGAGGAGCCGGCGAGAGGGAGAGAGAAAGGGGGAGGAGAGAGGCGAGAGAAAGAGAGAGAGAGAGGGCGGCAGCGAGGCAAGAGAGCGAGCGCCGAGCCUCCUCGGACAGCGGCCCCUCCGCGGUCCCAGCCGCUCGCGUGGUCGGAGGAGACGCGGUCGCCGCCGCCGCCUGAGCCCGGCCCCGCGCUCUCCUCGCCGCCGGCUCGCCGGUGCCCGCGCGGCCCCGGGACGCCGUUGCCCGCUCGGCGGCCGGGAUGCAGCCGGGGCAUGGCCGCCGGGCCCCUGUCACCUGCCGCGGGGAGCGCUGAGCCCGUUGGAAAGCUGCCUCUGAGACUCUGAAGAUUUUCCUGCUGAUACUCGCUCCUCCCCAGUAACCCUCCAUCCCAAGGAGAGCCCCAGAAAGAACACCAGGGGGGCCUCCCUGCUGCCUCAGAACCACCUCACCCACCACUCCAGCGCUAAGUCAGAGCUGCCUGAGGAAGACUCCACACGCGUUUCCCUUGAGCUGGUCUGCAGGCCCCUCCGGCUGGGACCCUGUCCUAGGAGCUGCCCGUCUGCAAACAGAGAGCCCACAGUGCCUCGGGAAAAAUUGGCUGAAUAAAAGGGCAAUCAGGACGCCACGGCUCCGCCUGAAGCGAUGGCCCAGCCCUACCCCCCGGCCCAGUACCCCCCUCCGCCACAGAACGGCAUCCCCGCCGAGUACGCCCCACCCCCACCGCACCCCACUCCGGACUACUCGGGCCAGACCCCGGUCCCCCCAGAGCAUGGCAUGACCCUGUACACACCAGCACAGACCCACCCGGAGCAGCCGAGCAGUGACACCAGCCCACAGCCCAUCACAGGGGCCCAGACGGUGCCGCAGACAGACGAGGCGGCACAGACGGACAGCCAGCCACUCCACCCCUCCGACCCCACAGAGAAGCAGCAGCCCAAGCGGCUGCACGUCUCCAACAUCCCCUUCCGGUUCAGGGACCCCGACCUGCGGCAAAUGUUCGGGCAAUUCGGAAAAAUUUUAGACGUGGAGAUCAUUUUUAACGAGCGGGGCUCCAAGGGUUUUGGGUUUGUAACUUUUGAAACUAGCUCAGAUGCUGACCGAGCCCGGGAGAAGCUGAAUGGGACGAUCGUAGAGGGCCGGAAAAUUGAGGUCAACAACGCCACAGCCCGGGUCAUGACCAACAAGAAGACUGCCAACCCCUACACCAACGGCUGGAAGCUAAAUCCGGUGGUAGGGGCAGUCUAUGGACCUGAAUUCUAUGCAGUGACGGGGUUCCCCUAUCCCACCACCGGCACAGCCGUUGCCUACAGGGGCGCGCACCUACGGGGUCGGGGCCGGGCUGUAUACAAUACGUUCCGGGCUGCACCGCCCCCGCCCCCCAUCCCGACUUAUGGAGCGGCACUGGAGCAAACGCUUGUUAAAAUGCCAGUCCCAUGGGCAGGGCUGGCACCCUGCCCCCUCCCUCCUCAGCAGACACCGGAGCCGGCCUACCCCACCUCUCCAGCGUUCCCACCACUUUCUUGUCCGUUUGCUUCCAGGGUCGUGUAUCAGGAUGGCUUUUAUGGUGCUGAGAUUUAUGGAGGCUAUGCCGCCUACAGAUACGCUCAGCCAGCAGCAGCUGCAGCCGCCUACAGUGACAGUUACGGCAGAGUCUACGCGGCUGCUGACCCCUACCACCAUACCAUCGGCCCCGCGGCGACCUACAGCAUUGGAACCAUGGCUAGCCUCUGCCGAGGAGGGUACAGCCGCUUCACCCCCUACUAGCAAGAGGCCCAGCCCCUAACAGCAUUCACUCUGACUGCCUAGUACACACCAAACCCAGCAGUCCAAAAGCAGGCACAGCCACUCCGAGGACAGUGCGCCCCUCCCGGUCAGCGACACGCGCCGCUGACCUCCGCGACUCUUUAAGUCCAUAGGUUUUACCUCCGGCCAGCUGGUCUCCCCCCAUGAUGGUGUGUGUGUCUUUGACCCUGGUCACCCCUGUAUGUCUGAAACCUUGGUUCCUAUUUUGACUCUGUUGAUGUUGUGCCCCACCCCACCCCCAGCCCUGAGCCAUUUCAGGUAUAGGACCCACAGAGUGGGAGGGGCUAGGCUACUAGAAGACCUCUUCUCAAGAACUAGCAAUAGAGCCCAAGAGAGCCAUGCCCACUCUCCUGUCACCUGUCCCCACCCGGCCCCAAGGAAGACACCAGUCCAGCCUCCCCAGGAAGCCACCCCAGCCAGUCUGGCCACAGCCCUGCUCCUGCCCCUGGGGUUCAGGCGGCGAGGGGCUCUUGUCUGUCUGCCCCACUUGGUGGGUUCCCAGCCUCGACAAUGGUCACUCCUGAUCUUCACCCAGCUAAUUGCAGGAGUAGCUGUCUCUGCCCUCCUUGUCCCCAUUCAGCUAAACUCACAAUUCUGAUUAAAUCUGACUGAUGUUUCCUGCUGAAGUUGUCACAAGUCGUGGGGGAGCCACACCAGCCUCAGGGGUUCCUUAGCCUCUAUACAAGAAAUGAAAGAGUCUUAAAGUGGUCCAGCCCUGCAGUGCCCCGGGGGCCUUCCCUUAGCCUGUCUGCCCCACUGCCCACACUCGUGAGUCUUUCCAAGCCAGCCACACUGGAGACGGGGUCCCUGCCUGCCUGGCACCCCAGUCUGUAUUUGAGUGCAGCCCUGCCUUCCCUUCCCCAAGCUUGGAAUGUUCUUUUCCGGGUACCUUUCUGGAAGGGGAGUCUGAGCGAGAGAGCAGGGAAAGGUGGUGCUCACCAUCCAGCCCCUCUGGCGGGACAGUGUUAGCACCCACCUCCUGUCUGGAGAAGCUCGGGGCUCAGCUCUGCUGCAGGGCUCUGGGGCCUGCAGGUAAAGCUGAGACGGCUGGGGGAGCUUCUGGAAGCUUCAUGUGUGGCCCUGUCGCCACUGUUACAGGGGAAAGUGGCCGGGCCAAGGAGGCCCUGGGCUCCUGUGUGCCAGAGCUGGCUUCCGGAGGUAUGGACGGCCAGCUAGAGGGUGCAGGUCCCCGCUAGCCAGGGCGUAAGCCACCAGCACAUGGUCUCCGGUUGGUGGGGUGGCAGGCCUCUAGAGGUACCCAGCCAGCUCACCUCCACUGCCUGAACACCCUCUCAGCUGCCUCAUUCCAGACCCCCGACAUGGCCCGUGCAGCGCCAUCCACCCACCAUGCCCUGACCUCUGCCCUCAUUUGCCCUGAGCAGCCAGGCCCUGCCCACCCAGGGCUUAGCAGAGUCCACCAGUAGCUUCUGCCAGCUGGGUACACUGUGGCUCUUCCAUCUCCGCCACCCUAUCCUCCCCUUCUCCCUGCUGGAGGGCAGAGGUCUGCAUUCAAUUCCCUUGUGCGAGAUGGGGAGUGGGGCCGGUGUGGGGCGCCCUCCCCCCGCCCACCUGGCACCCAGGGCCCCAGAUCCUGCCACCCCUCCCCACCAUAGCACGCCCGGCAGUUGCUUCUGUGACCUGCAAGUCCUGCCUUUCUGUUUCU